AUGGAUCCUGUAGGAGUCGCCGCUGUUGCGCCCUCGGUUGAGACGAGCCAGGGCCCCAAGUGCCCAUGGGGAGCUCCUAAAAAUACCACAAUAGCAUGUUCCCUUGCUGAUGUAAUGAGUGAACAACUAGCUAAAGAGCUGCAAUUGGAAGAAGAAAACACAGCUUUUCCAGAAGUGGUAUCGGUUGUUGAAGGACCAUUUAUUACUGGGGAGAAUGUGGACACUUCCAGUGACUUGAUGCUGGCACAGAUGCUUCAAAUGGAUUUUGACAGAGAGUACGAUGCACAACUUCGCCGUGAAGAGAAAAAGUUCAAUGGUGACAGCAAAGUGUCCAUAUCUUUCGAGAACUAUCGGAUGGUUCAUCCCUUUGAAGACAGUGACAGCUCUGAAGAUGAGGUUGACUGGCAGGAUACUCGGCAUGAUCCAUACAGAGCAGAUAAACCCACUACUACUCCCAAAAAAGGUUUUACAGGAAAGGGAAAAGAUAUUACUACCAAACAUGAUGAAGUUGUUUGUGGAAGAAAGAAUACUGCUCGGAUGGAAAAUUUUGCCCCUGGGUUUCAGGUCGGUGAUGGCAUUGGUAUGGAUCUAAAACUAUCCAAUCAAGUCUUCAAUGCCUUAAAACAGCAUGCAUACUCUGAGGAACGUCGCAGUGCCAGGCUGCAUGAGAAGAAGGAGCAUUCUACUGCUGAGAAAGCAGUAGAUCCUAAAACACGCUUACUUUUGUACAAGAUGGUCAAUUCUGGGAUGCUGGAGACCAUCACUGGCUGUAUAAGCACUGGAAAAGAGUCUGUUGUGUUUCAUGCCAAUGGAGGAAGUUUGGGUGAUGAUGCCGCACCUGUACCUUCGGAAUGUGCCAUAAAAGUGUUUAAGACUACCCUUAAUGAAUUUAAGAAUCGUGAUAAGUAUAUCAAGGAUGACUAUAGGUUUAAAGACCGUUUCAGCAAACUGAAUCCACGAAAGAUAAUCCGCAUGUGGGCUGAAAAAGAAAUGCACAAUUUAACAAGAAUGAGGAAAGCAGGUAUUCCGUGUCCACAAGUGGUAACCCUUAAAAAACAUGUCUUGGUCAUGUCCUUCAUUGGUCAGGAUCAAGUCCCAGCUCCGAAACUAAAAGAAGUAAAACUCAAUAGUGAAGAUAUGAAAAAGGCCUACUAUCAAGUUCUUCAAAUGAUGCAGCAGUUAUAUAAAGAGUGCAGUCUGGUUCACGCUGACCUGAGUGAAUACAACAUGCUGUGGCAUGGCGGACAGGUCUGGUUAAUUGAUGUGAGUCAGUCUGUGGAACCAACCCAUCCGCAUGGGCUUGAGUUCUUGUUCAGGGACUGCAGGAAUGUUUCACAGUUCUUCCAGAAGAAUGGUGUAUCUGAAGCACUCAGUGACCGAGAGCUCUUCAGUGCUGUCUCGGGUUUAAAUUUUACAGCUGACAAUGAAGCAGACUUUCUAGCUGAGAUUGAAGCUUUGGAGAAAAUAAAUGAAGAUCAUGUACAGAAUCAUGGGAAGAAGGUGUCUUCAUUUUCAAAUGAUGAGGAUCCACCAACAUUUUGCAACAAAUAGCAUUUUGAAUGAACUCGGAUGUUUCUUACAUCUGUCAUUUAGUGCAGUGACUCAACGUCAUUUGCCAAAGGCAACGGAAAUUAUGGUCAACUCGGCAUGCCAUAAAUGAAACUUCAGGGAAUAUGCGUUGGUGUCAGUUUGUUUUUCAGAAAAGUUCACGUUAAGCU